AUGUUGGCAAAACUCUGGCUUGGCUUGACUGCGGUGGCCUUCGCCAAACCAGUAGCACCCAUUGCCAUUGUGAUCCCCUGCAAUGCAGAAGACUUCCAUUUCCUACCUCUAGUACUAAACAGCAUUGCGAAUCAGACGGUGCUACCUCAGGAGACAAUACUGGUUGGAAAUCUACCAGAGUCGCACGCGGAUGGGACCCUUUUGCUGGAUACCGCAUCGAAGGGACUUAAUGUCCAAAACAUUUGGGCUACUGCGGACUUGCAAGAAAAGGAAGAGGAGGUCUCGUUGUUCUCUUGGAUAGUGGAUCAGGUACGUGGGACACAGUCUAUGUCUUUGGAGGAGACUGACCAGACUCUAGCUGCGAGUCACGAACCGCCCAAGUUCCAUUUCUCGGCUGAUGGGAACAAGAAGCACAGGUCCCCUCAAGACGCUCUGAGGUACAUCACGAAGGUACUUCCGGAUACAAAGGAGGCACUGUCCGUCAUUCCGCGCGUUAAGGUCUACGUGCGAGGCGGCACUCACUAUGCCGGCAGCAAUCGAGUCUAUGGCGCCGAGAAGUCGAGCAACGACAUAGAAAUAGUUUGCUUCUUCGAUGCUGAUGACUAUAUGCACCCGCAAAGAACAGAGUUCAUAUGGAGAGCAUUCAAUGACACCUCGGAAAAUAUAGAAGCAUUAAUACAUGGCUUCAAGAUGCUCAAGAUCACCGAGUGGAACAAAGAGAUGCCCAAGUUCGCGAAGACUCUAGAGUAUCCAGACUCCUGGGCAUACCCGUCCGAAAAGUACUGGAGUGUUUUGCCCGUCAAUAAGCUGCACGAAGGGCAAACAGAACCCUCAUACGGAGGAAGGCCUGGCUACGCUUGGUGGUUUUCCAAGGAUUUGGGCCUGCACUUCCCACCUGGUUCGCCAUCUGGACACAACGGUUGGCUUUCCAUCAAAAAAUCGGCUCUGGCUGAAGUGCCCUACCCUGACAUAAGGCGAGGCCAGGACAGCCUGUAUAACUGGCGACUGAUCCGUGCCCACAAGCGCUGGAAUUUUUUGCACGUUCCAUUAGGGGCAUAUCUCACGUACAGAUGA